CACAAUUAUUUCGAAAUGUUUAGGGACAUUGUUGGCGUUGAUUGGCGAGCAAGUAAACAACACGUUAGCGUCUUGUUAAUCAUUUGUAGCUGCAUCAUCAUAGCGAAUGGACAUGGCAUUCUCUACGAUCCACCCGGACGAUCCUCCAUGUGGCGGUUCGGUUUUAAUGUACCCAUGAACGAGAACGACACGGGCCUUAAUUGCGGUGGUAGAGAGGCUCAGCACUUUGACGAAGUUAAUCAGGGUCGUUGUGGUGAAUGCGGUGAUGAAUAUAAACUAAGCCGGCCUAGACCCCAUGACGAGGGAGGCCUUUAUGGUACGGGCAUUAUCGGACAGACUUAUGUCGAAGCAUCGAUAGUUCGACUAACAGUUCAAAUAACAGCCAAUCAUUUGGGCUAUUUCGUGUUCCGAUUGUGUCCGAAACAAUCAGCUGAUGAACUAGUGACGCAGGAAUGCCUGGACAGAUAUCCACUUGAACUUGUCGAAUUGCCUGGACAAGGUGAUGGGAUCGUAGUCGAAGGCACUAAAUUUCAAAUCGGCAGUUCAACUGGCCUCUAUUUCCCGAGUGUCCGGCUACCAGAAGGCGUCACUUGCCAAAACUGCGUCCUGCAGUGGUACUACAGCACAGGAAAUAGCCCGGGACUGUGUCCAGGUGGUGGCAAUGGAUAUUGUUACCAGGAAACAUUCGUCAAUUGCGCGGAUGUGGCAAUUCUACCAAAGUUUUAGUUUUUGAGAAUGUCGAGAGGCAACAUUAACCAAGAUAUAAUUAUAUAGGGUUUUGAUUUU